GGGAACAAGACUUCGGUUUUAUUGUUGCUGCGGUGUGUCUGACUGGCAGAGGAGGGAAAGGACAGAGGGAAUAAAGAGCUCAGGGAGGGAAAGGCUGGAGCUGGAGCUGGACUCUCUCUCCUGCAGCUUCAGCUCUGACACUGCAGGCUCCUUCACUACAGUAGAGAGCAGAGCUGCUGUGCUGAGGACUGGGACAGGUCUGGACAGCAGGCAGCCUGUUCCUCUGUGCUGGAGGAGUGUGCUGAGGAUUUAGGGACGGGAGGAGCUGUUGAAGAGACACUGUAAGUGCUGCUCAUACAGGAAAUUGUGUUUGGCGGGAGAAUUAACUUUCAGUUUCGUUUCUGAUUCAGACUUCAGUUUCCAGAGUGCUGUUCUCCCACGUUGAAGCUCCCUUUGACUCUCCCAGUCAGUCCAGUCUGGGGUUUCCUGUACUGCAGUAUUCUAGUGUCUGUGCAGGUGUGUCUGUGUACCAGUAUCUCCAGGAAUGGCCUCACCCAGCAGUGUCCUGUCUGAAGAGCAGUUCCAGUGCUCUAUCUGUCUGGACACAUUCACCAGCCCAGUGUCCACUCCAUGUGGACACAGCUUCUGCCUGGCCUGUAUUAGUGGAUACUGGGACAGCAGUGAUGUGUGUCAGUGUCCAGUGUGUAAGAAGACAUUUCCUAUAAUACCUGAUCUCAGUGUGAACAGAAGCCUGGCAGAAAUCACUGAGCACUUCAAGAGGACCAGAGUCAGCAGUGAUGAAGGACUUUGUGCUAAACCUGGAGAAGUGUCCUGUGAUUUCUGCACUGGGAGAAAACUCAAGGCUGUGAAAUCCUGUCUGGUCUGUCUGGCCUCUUACUGUGAGACUCACAUCCAGCCUCACUAUCAAGGAGCUGCUUUCAGGAGACACAGACUGAUUGAGCCUGUGGAGAGCCUUGAGGACAGGCUGUGUCAGAAGCAUGAGAGACUCCUGGAGCUGUUCUGCAGGACUGACCAGACCUGUAUUUGUCAGUUCUGCUCUGAGUCAGACCACAGGACACACAGCACUGUCCCUUUAGAGCAGGAAUGCGGAGUGAAAAAGACUCAGCUGAGGAAGACUGAGGCAGAAGUACAACAGAUGAUCCAGGACAGACUGAAGAAGGUGGAGGAGAUCAAACAGGCAGUGGAGCUCAGCAAAAGCUGUGAACAGAGAGAGAUGGAGGACAGUUUACAGGUCUUCACUGCUCUCCAGUGCUGCAUUGAGAGAAGUCAGGCUGAGUUCAUCGAGCUGAUUGAGGAGAAGCAGAGAGCAGCAGAGAGGAGGGCUGAAGGGAUCAUUCAUGAGCUGGAGCAGGAAAUCACUGAGCUAAAGAGGGGAAACACUGAGCUGGAGCAGCUCUCCCACACUGAGGACCACAUCCACUUCCUACAGAGUUUCCCCACCCUGUGCUCCCCUCCACACCCCAAGGACUGGUCUGACAUCACUGUUCACCCUGAUCUCUGUCUGGGGGCUCUGAGCAAGGCUGUGUGUCAGCUGGAGGACAGACUCAUUGAAGAAAUGGAGAAAGUACCUGGAGUCAAGUUUGAGAGGCUUCGCAAACAUGCAGCUGACGUGACUCUGGACCCUGAUACAGCUCACUGUGAUCUCUCCCUGUCUGAGGAUGGGAAGAGACCCAGGAGGCUGGGGGUGUGUGUAGAUAUUGAGGAGAGGAAGGUUUCCUUUUACACAGUGGAGUCCAGGACUCUCAUCUACACUUUCACUGACAUGGUCUUCAAUCAGGGGGAGAAGAUCUAUCCUGUCUUCUGGACCCUGGAUUUAG